AUGGGUAACUCUGCGUCAUCAGGGGAGGCAGUCCUGCAGAGAGUGUCUGUACAGUCGGUAUUGAAGAGAAUUGAUGCUGCAGAUGGAAGACCAAUAAGACUAACUGUAUACAAUGCAAGGCAUAGAAUGAGCAGAGAGGUGUAUAUCCAGCCGGCUCGUUCAUCAUGUCUUCCUUUACCGUCUUCAUGUCCUUCGUCCCCUUUUCCUUCCCCCUCCUCCUCCUCUCCUCCUGCUCCUCCUCCUCUUCCUCCUCCCUCUUCUUCUUCUUCCUCUCCUCCCUUAUUAGGCCUAAGUCUUAGUUAUAAUUUAUACGAAGAUUCUCUCUCCUCUCCUCUUCGUGUCUUAGGCAUACAACAAUAUUCACCAGCAUAUAAUGCACAAUUAAUUGUUAAUGAUGAUUAUAUACUAGGGGAUAAACAGGGAGCGUAUCGUGGUGUAUCGGACCUUAUAAUGCGGGCAGAGGAGCACAUAGGGACUAAUUUGUCUCUUUAUGUAUUUAAUAAACAAAAGGAGACAAUAAGAAUAGUUAAUUUAUUACCUACUUAUAAUUGGGGAGGACAUGGAUGUCUUGGGUGUGAUGUUGGGUCUGGUUUCUUACAUAGAGUCCCUUUCUCUAAGGCAGCAAAGGAUGUCAUGGCAGCAGCAGCAGCAGCAGCAGCAGCAGGAGACAAAGAGCACUCGCAGCAGCAACAACUGCAGCUACAGCAGCAACAGGAUUUAUCAGCAGCAGCAGCAGCAGCAGCAGGAUUGGGUAUGGCACCAAUAGAUGCAGCAGAUCUUGCUGCUGCAGAUAUGCUGACUUCUUGUCUUCUCCCUACUACUAAUUCCCCCCUAAGGGAUCCUGCAUUCGGUGGAUCUACUGGGGAUCUGCAGUCAGAAGGAUUUCUUGUAGGGGGAUUCGGCGCUCCUGGCGGGAGCCAUAUCGCGAGCCUGCAGCAGCAGCAGCAGCAACUGCAGCAACAACUACAACUGCAGCAGCAGCAGCAGCAACAACAACAACAGCAACAACAGCAACAGCAGCAGCAACAGCAGCAACAGCAGCAGCAGCAGCAACAGGAUAAUGCAGUGGAGCAGAUGCUUAAGGAAAGGGCUGCUGCAUUUGCUGACAACGCCAAGAGUGCAUAUUUGGCUUAUGAUUUGCCUUAUGCUGCGGCUAUUAUAGACAGAUCUGUCCCUAUUAUAGAAGGAGUUCCUCGUCCUGGACAGAUCCGCAUGCAAACCUUCUGA